CUCGCAUUUAUUCAUAAGCCAAUCGAAUGGACCGACCUCAAUCGUCUGCGGGAAGCCAUCUAUUUACAGCAUACUUUCAAAGUCAACAAUCCGACGAGGUUAUCUGCAAUCCUAGCCAGUCUAGCCAGUAACAACGGCGAUCAAUUCCUCUCAGCAGAGCAAGCAAUGCAAAUUUUCGCCCUUAUACCAGUCUUUUUCAUCCCCAUAUCCGCCCUCCAAAUCCCUCCCCUCCUCGCCCCCUUCUACGAGCCAUAUCUCCAAGCCAAUUCCCUCCUCAUCUCCAACGAGACCCUGACACCGAACUCUCACGACCUCCUUAGGCGCGAUGGCGGUUGUCCUGCAAACUACGAUUCAUGCUCCACGCUCGGAGCAGCCAACGGGGGAGCCUGUUGUACAGCUGGCUCAGUGUGUACCUUCGAUGGGGGAAGAAAUAUAGCCUGCUGUCCCAUCGGAGCAAAAUGUACCGGUCAAUUGAGUAUUGCUACAGCCACAACGACUGCCGCCGGCCUUACACUUGGGAGUGCAACGACGACAAGCCCUGGAGGCUUUAUAUUCGGCACGACGACGACACCUUCCAGCACAACACCUACGACAACCGGGAGCGCCUCCUUGGUAUCAAAUCCCUAUUUCCCCUUCCCCUAUAUUCCGACUACCUACGCCAACUCCGUGGCUUGCAACUCUGCCUUCAGCGCCUGCCAAGCGAACUUUGCCGCCUGCACGAACGACCUUGUGGGAGACCGGUUUGGCGUUACGGUGGUGGCGCCAGGAGGAGGGGGCGUGACGGUUGCGCCGACGGCCACGAAUCUAGGAUCUAUGUCCGCGGCCAGUAUCUGUAGUAGUCUGAGCCAGGAGGCAUGUUAUGGGAUCCAGAGCUCGAACUGCCCGCCUUUUGGGCCGGCUACCAAUGGUGGGUUUGGGGUGCCGACGAAUGCGGCACCGAGGCCGACACUUAUGGCUGGGAUGAUGGCCGGGCUGGGCUUGGGCAUCGCAGGACAGAUGCUAUAGGGGUUGUUGUCUUGACGCAGAAUGUUUUGAUGCGAAUCUGUUGGAUCAUGCAUAGCUAUGGCGUCUUGGGCGGUAUCAUUCUUUCGAGCGUGGUUGCAUAUUGAGCUGUUUACGAAGUCAUUGAUGUGUUAUGCGAAGAAAAUACCAGACAGCGAAACAUAAUGUCAAUUCUUACGAGGAAUGCUAGGUCAAGUUGGCAGGACAGUUUAUUAGAAGAGACCGUUAAGGCUUUCACGAAUUGACGUCUUUGAGGUUCCAUUAUUAUGCUAUGUGCUAAUAACUUUAACAUUCCAUCUCUC